CAGUCUCUGAGCACAUCGAUCUUAACGGGAUCCAUUGUAACCAGACAAAGCGUGAUUUUCAGCCAAUCAUCCGAUCUUAUGGAACGCCAAUCUUCCGCUGCAUCUUCUACGGAAGAGACCUCUGGUCCGCAGGGUGAUCUGAGUAGUGGCUCGCGCCGUGAUGAUGGCCAGCCUGAUUUUACCGUCUUCAAAGACUUUGAUUUUCUUGAAUACGAGGAUAGCAUUGCCGGCGAGUCGACAGACAACUUCAAUUGGGGCGUAAGACGUCAUCAGCUAUUCGAAGGUGAGGAAGAGCGCUUGACCUGUGGCAGCGGUAUCGGCGGUGGUUCGAUCAAAGGUGGUCAUUCAUCUGCGCUCGAGGACAGCUUCAGUGAGAAGACACCUAUAUUAAGCAAAAGACGUCGACAAACUGCAGACGAUUCAUCUGACGAUGAUGGCGAAUCGGAAUCGCCUAUUGACGAAGACCAUCGCCAGGCGUUCAUGAAGUCGGCGUACAACGUGGGUCCUCCCACCUCCCUAAGCCUACGUGAACGGCGUCGUCGUAACUCUGUUUCUCGCAGCGAUACAAGUGGUUCCAGUGCAGGCGACUUGGGUGACAUAACACCGUGUAAUGCGUCGCCUCAUUUGCCAGGUAUUAUACGCUUCGGUGCACCCAUACGCGAUGAAGCUGAGGAGAACUGGCGCAAGCAGCUACAGUCGAUGUUGAUCAAUCAGCCCUCGGCGCAUACAUCUGAGCUUCUAAUGCAGCUUUAUCGACUUAUAAAAGAGCUGACUUUCAAGACGAUUAGCAUAUCAAAGGAGGCAAAGAAAUUCUUCACCGGCAUUGGUUCGCAACUAGGCAAUCGCAUAUCGCUAUUCACUGAUUUACUUAGCUCGCGCGCUGAUCCACCACGCGUAUGGUGUAGUGAUACGCAGACAACUACACCCCGGCUAUUUGAAACACUGCGAUUUAAUGUGUUAGAAGUGCAGGAGCACUUGGAGACUUUCUUCGACCGCAAGGAUCAAGUGUUGGAGUGCCUCGACGCUGUUAAAACGUCAUGCAAAUUGUCACUCUUCAAUGAAGCGGAUGUGGCUGCAUCUAGUAUGGAGUUGACAAGUAGCACCAAUAUUGGUUACAUGACCUUCGACCCGGCCUCCUCCGAAGUGGUACUAGAUCUGGGUCGCGCAUUAUAUAAAUUGAUGUUUCAAUUACUGCUUCUAAUCGAGUCAAACCACAAAAUAUCCUCCAAUGUUGUUAAUCAUUUCAGAAUCAACGAAAAGAUGCACGACAUAUCCGAUUUAUAUGCAUUAGUGCGCGACGCCUUGGUACGCAGCGUCAGUGAGGCGGAGCUCGAAUGUUUCGAGGCAGCAUCGACAUCCACCGAAGGCGAACACACUCCCACUCCUUCGCCAGGCAUACCCAUGACUAGCGAGGAAUUCGAAGUAACACUACAAGAACUUAUCGAGGGGCAAAAAUGGUCGGCUGCCAUAAUGCAUGUGCGCCAAUACAAACGCAUUUCGCAAAUGACUGCGUCCAACCCAAACUUAACCAUUUUUAGCUACAACAAUUUGGAUAGUCGUUUAAAGUUCGAUGAAAUGCCCAUUAUACUGAAUGCUUAUGCACAAAGCAUAAUGAAAGAUCGUACAGGUAUGUGUUUAGUGCGAUGCAGAGGUCAUAGAAUACAAGAUUGCGCAAAGGUAAACAAAGCCGAAUAAAGGGAUAAAAUAAAC